AUGGGUGCUUGCAACACUCGUAUGGAAUCUCACAAACUUCUCUCCUUUCAUCUCUUCAUGAUUUCCAUUUUCUUCUUCCUAAUAUUCUUCCCUUCUGCAACUUCGUUGUCCUUCAACUUCUCUAGCUUUGGUUCAAAUGACCAUAAUAUAUCCUUCGACGAAGCAGGAGACGCUGUAUAUUCUUCGGACGGAUGCAUCCAACUGACCAGAAACGAGAACGACAAGCAAUCGAAUGAUAGUUGGGGUCGAGCCAUGUAUAGCGAGCGAUUGUAUCUCUGGGAUCAGACCUCCAGAAAUCUAACUGAUUUCACUACCAAUUUCUCCUUUGUCAUCAAUUCACAAGACCACAAUCAGUAUGCCGAUGGACUUACGUUCUUCCUUAAUGGUACCCAAUUGCAUACAGAUACGUUGGGAGAAACUCUUGGUCUCGCCAACGAAAAGAAUGAGACAAACAAAAGUGCCGUUACUUUUAUUGCAGUGGAGUUUGAUACAUUUACAAACGCAGCAAAGAGGGAUCCGGAAGGUGAGCAUAUUGGUAUUGAUAUUAACUCCAUGAUAUCUGUUAAAACUGUGAACUGGUCCAGCAAUAUCACGGGAGGAAAGCUAAAUCAUGUUUCCAUCAGUUAUACUUCUAGUUCACAUAAUCUGAGUGUUGUCCUAAUUACCGAGGUUACGGACAGUACCAAUACUACACAAAGCCUCUCUUACAAAGUUGAUCUGAGGGAAUACUUGCCGGAAUACGUUACUAUGGGUUUCUCAGGCUCAACAGGAAGCUAUUUCCAGAUAAACAAAAUUUGCUCAUGGAAUUUUAGUUCAACUUUGGAACCUCCCAGUUCUGUAGAACCCGGAGAGGGAAAGAAGACAGAACUUGUGGUGGGAUUGAGUGUUUGUGCAUUUGUUGUGGUGGGUGGGUUUGGAUUGGCUUGGUUUUACUUGUGGAGGAAGAGGAAUACUGAGAGAGAUCAAGAAGACGGUGGUGACAGUGACCUGGACAUGGACGAAGAUUUUGAGAAGGGUACUGGACCGAGGAAGUUUUCCUUUAAUGAAUUGGCUCUUGCGACCAGUAACUUUUCAGAGGGAGAGAAGCUUGGAGAGGGAGGGUUUGGUGGGGUCUAUAGAGGUUUCUUGCGAGAACUGAACUCUUAUGUUGCAGUUAAGAGGGUAACAAGGAACUCCCAACAGGGGAUGAAGGAGUACGCAUCUGAAGUGAAGAUCUUUUGUCGAUUGAGGCACCGGAACUUGGUGCAGCUCAUGGGCUGGUGCCUGAUUCGUCCCUAG